UAAAAAUGGAUAAAGUACGAAUUAUGCUCCAGUUCUUACAAGCCAACCAAGAGUCGUUCAUGAAUGGCAUAUGUGGGAUAAUGGCUCUGGCAAGUGCUCAGAUGUAUUCAUCUUUUGAGUUCACCUGUCCUUGCCUCCCCGAUUACAAUUACGCAUAUGGCAUCGGCAUUCUCGUCGUACCGCCGAUAUGGUUCUUCCUGCUUGGAUUCGUAAUGAACAACAACAUAUCAGUGUUAACAGAAGAGUGGAAGAGACCUGUUGGAAAGCGCAGGAAAGAUCCAUCGGUUUUGCGCUACAUGUUCAGCUCUAUGACUCAGCGCGCCCUCAUCGCUCCAGUUGUGUGGAUUGCUGUCACUUUAAUGGAUGGGAAGAGUUUUCUGUGUGCUUACAGCGCCACCACGGAUUUAUCAGAGUUUCUUAACGAGAGCCACGAUAAUCUUCCCCAAAAGACGCUUACUAAAUUACAGGCAACGAUUCCAUGUAAAGACGUAUUUGACGGACAUAAGAUUAUCUCCGGAGACGCCGCAACGAUAUACAUUCGCUGUUUGUCACAGGCAUGUGGAUGGAUCUUUUUAAUGGUAAUAACGUUUACUGCUUUUCUAAUGAGGGCCAUCAGACCCUGUUUUACACAAGCCGCGUUCCUUAAAACCAAGUAUUGGUCGCACUACAUUGACACCGAACGCAAACUAUUCGACGAAACGUGCAAAGAACACGCCAAGAGCUUUGCCAGGGUGUGCAUUCAGCAAUACUUCGAGAGCAUAAGCGGUGAAAUUGUCCCACAAUUACAUCUGCCCCAGAAAAAAGGAAAAGGGGAUAAAGAGGAAGAUGGAGAAAAACAAAAAAGCGACGAGGAGAAGCUGCUUGGGGUCCGUAAAGAAGAAGACAUGAAUAAAGUCCUGUGGAACUGGCACUCGUGUAAGCCCCCACUGAACAUAAGUAAACGAGCACAAGAGGCGAAUGGACACGUGCAUUCAGAUUCCAGCAGCUUCUCUGAUGAGUACAUCACUCAGACAUCGGAGAAAAAAACUGCUGUGGCAUACUACUCAAAAGUCUGAGCUUUUGUUUGACCUUAAAAUAUAGACAUUACACUUAAUGUACAUUUAAUGCCUAUAAAAUGUAUUGAUAAAAAUGAAUUGUUUUGA